UUUUUCCAUUUACAAGAGAACCCAAGGGUAAAACGUGGGCGACGGCUGACGGCCUCUCUGCAGUGGAGCUGAGAGAGAUGGGUUCAUUGAAAUCUCUUGAAUGCGAGUACCCGAUAAUCGAUUCCGAUUUUCAGAACUUCUGUGCUUCUCAUGGCAUUUUCUCAGUUGAAGAUAUACUCAUUCAUGACCUUUACAUGUUAGUUGCUUUUGCGGAACAACAGUCAACCUCAGAGAGACUUAAGCAGGGUAUCACCCAAAUCCUCUCUAUUAUAGAUGGUCAACAUCAACCAUGGUUGAAUGGUAUGGAGUUGUUGGAAGAUGCUCAACAGAACAAACAGGUUUUAUCUACUGGGUGUGAAGGGAUUGAUAUGCUUCUUCAAGGUGGAUUAUGUGUAGGACACUUAACAGAAUUAGUUGGGCCAUCAUCUUCUGGUAAAACACAAAUUUGCCUAAAAGUUGCCUCAGGGGUUGCAACAAGGUAUAUGGGUGGUGUUGUAUUCAUAGAUACAGGCAACUCUUUUUCACCCUUACGCAUUGCACAUUUCAUCAAUCAGAUCCCAGAUACUAUCUUUAAAGAGGUCAAACAGAAUAUUCUUGAAAAAGUAAUGAGCCAAAUAUUGUGCCAUUCAGUGUUUGAUAUCUUUGCAAUGUUGGAUGUGGUACAUCAGCUAGAGUACAGCUUGAGAUCUCAGGUGCAGACAGGAGCUGAUCAGGUGAGGUUGCUUAUUGUUGAUUCAAUAUCAUCGCUGAUUACCCCAAUCCUUGGAGGCAGUGGUUCACAUGGACGUGCUUUGAUGAUUUCUGCUGGAUUUCUUCUAAAGAAGUUAGCACAUGAGCAUAAUCUUGCAGUAGUUCCGAUCAUCAAAGUUUCCAUCCUUACAAUAAUUACCAUUAUGAUACAUUGGCUCAAGGUGACUAAUCACAUGGUGGGUGGAGAGGGAGGCAUCCUUAAACCAGCUCUUGGAGAGAGUUGGAAGAGCAUUCCACAUGUGCGGCUUUUGCUCUCCCGUGACCCAGGGAGCAGCAUCUGCCACAUGUCCAUUCUGAAACACUCAUACAUGGCUUCUGGCAGGGCUGCUAGGUUUAUGAUUUGACUAAUUAUAUUUUUGAUUUGUACCACAUUGGAGGUUGGAGAGGAAAAGACACCAAAGAGCCAAACUAUGUUACCAGGAACUGGGUGUGUUUUUGUACCAUAACUUUUGAAUAUUGCAAUUUCGAAGGAGAACCUCUCUUUUGCUUGUAGUAAUCCAGAGGCCUGAUUAUGACAAUGAUUUUAUGUUUGUGUU